CACCUGUCAACGGUGCACAGACUGAACACAUGUGCGCGAGCGCUUCAUGCGAAUGACACAUUCAAACACACGGGAAAAGGUGGCUAAUUGGUUAACACAUGGAGCUAAUUGGAUCCACCCAGAUGGCCACUUAUGCUCGGCCCAAAACCAGCCACUUCCUGCCGGCUAUAUCCACCACAGCAUCCAGUUAUAGGAGCCAUCAGCCAGCCCUUACCAUCAAUCAGAAUUCAAACAUGCCCUGGAGGACUAAUUCUUACUUUAGAAGUGGCAGCGCAAUCCCGACCGUAUCAGCACUUCAAAGAGAAAACCUGGACUUAGUCCGGGCCAAAACCAUGUUCUACCCCUCCAACAGGACGGCUCUCAGUUCACGAUACAUGCCUGAGGACUGGUACAAGUCGAACCAGAGUAACUACAGGGAGUCAGAGUCGUCCCGGAACAGUGCCGAAAGGCUUCGGAGAGACACGAUGCGACUGAUCCAGGAUAAGGACCAGCUGACUCGCAGGACUCAGGACUCCACCAGCAAGAACAUUGGAGAAAGACUGAACGACAUCAGCUUCUGGAGGUCUGAGCUCAAUCAUGAGAUAGACAACAUGGUGACAGAGAUAUCAGUACUGACAGAUGUGAAAAGAAGGCUGGAAAGAGCUCUAGCUGAGACAGAAGGGCCACUGCAGGUGUCUCAGGAAUGUUUGUUCCACAGGGAGAAACGGAUGUCCAUUGAUCUGGUUCAUGAUGAUGUGGAGAAAGAUUUGAUUAAGGAAGUGGAGGUGAUUAAGUCAUGUCAGGAGAGAAUGAGGCGACAUUUAGAGCGAGCUAUUGCUCAACUAGCGUCGAAUCGUGCAGCACAGCACGAGCUGGAGAGAGAUUUGAGUGACAAGGUAACCGCUCAGAGAAUCGACGACAGGUGUCACCAUCUCAGGAACACCUCUGAUGGAAUCAGCUACUAUAGAGGAAUCGAUCGCCUGGACCCAUCUAUCAGUCUUCCAGAAUCCUGGUCGAAGUUCACCGACGACAACAUCCUGCAUUCUCAGAGCCAACGCGCCGCAUCUCACAAACUCCGUGAUGAGAUUGAGAUUCUGCUCAAUGCCACUUCAAACGAGAUGUGGAACCAGUUUAACGCCGUAAACGUGUCAUUCACCAACCGUAUCUCUGAGACGGCAGACACCAAGAACAAUCUGCAAACUCACCUGGCCAAGACACUUCAGGAAAUCUUCCAGACUGAGAUGCUGAUUGAAGCUUUAAAAAAGGCAAUCCGAGACAAAGAGAACCCACUUAAAGUGGCCCAAACCCGCCUGGAAGAGAGGACUCGCAGACCCAACGUCGAACUCUGCAGAGACAACCCUCACCAUAGGUUGAUUACAGAAGUGAGGGAGAUUGAAGACACCAUUCAUAAGCUGAAACAGAGAUUGAUGGAGGCCGAGAACACUCUGCAGACCCUGGUGAAGACGAAAGUGUCUCUGGAGCAUGACCUGUCAAUCAAGGCCAACUCUCUGUUCCUGGAUCAGGAAAAAUGCAUGAGCAUGAGGAAGAGCUUUCCCAGCACUCCUCGUCUAGUCGGAUACACCUAGAUCCUCCAGAACCUUCUCUAGAAGCUGCUUAACCACCUGCUGAAUCUAGAUCAGAAUGUUGGUGUUUAAAACAUAAACGGCAAGAUUAGUGUCAGAACAGGUUGACAGCUUAUACUUAGUCCUCUUAAUUAAGUGGAUUGAUAUCUUAUACCUCACUAUUAUUGCUUCACUUACCAUUAGGUUAAACACUCUAUAAUGAGUAGGGGCUUUCGCACUGGGGGGAUAAACUGAUUUGAGUAGCAAAUGCACCUUUAAUCAGAUUCAUACUGAUCCUUGUUAGUCUUAUUUAGAAAACAUUUAAAAAACAAUGCAAAAGCAAGUCCAUCAGUUAUGUGAGCUCCAGACAUCUGUUGAACUGUGAGGUCUGAUUUCUACACCAGUGUGACAUGAUUCUAACAGUUUGCAGACAGUGGACACGACACCUUGCUUUUGUUUGUUCAGUUCAGAGGUCCACUUGAGGGCUGUCUUUUACUACACACUUCCCUGAGUUUACCAAAGCACAGAGGUGUAGUUCUCAUGUUCUUUUGAAGUACAAACAUACACUUUAGAAACAGAUGUCACAGGCAAGCAGACUCAUUGUUAAAUAUACACACAGCAUCUGGGUUUAUUGAUUCAGAGGGUGAGCGUGUUUUCUCUUGUGUAAUGUGUACACAACACAUUAGUGUUCUGCUCAAAGACACUUCAAACUCUUUACAUAUAAAUCAAAGUCUGCUCUGUUGUCUGAAUGUUUUACAUUACACAAUGAACUUGACAUUAACAGGUUCAUUCCUAAGAACAUGUGUCAUGCACUUUUUGACAACAUCUAAAUAUAAACACAUGUUAUUUUAGUUACAGUUCAGUUGAGUAUCAAUUUGUUCUCUGAUCUUUGUCCUAAAAUUCCUAAAAAAUAAACACAAAUUUGCUUAUAAAGAUUCAUUAAAUUCAUCAAACGUGCCAGUAAAGACACUUCCAGUGUUACGCUCUAAAAAUGUGGGUUGUUUCAACC